AACACGUACAAGGAAGAUUUCAGGAACAUGAUGGAAGAGAACAGGAACGGCAAUAACUCCUCUCCUGACUUCCCUCACACCAACACCAUGAGUGCCAUACUGAUUACUGCCUACUCAGUUGCCUUGGCUGGAGGUGGGAUCGGGUCCAUCACAAUGUUGUUUGUGCUGGUCAAGAUGAACACUCUGUCCGUGACCACUACAGCCAUCAUUAACCUGGUCGUUGUGCACAGCCUCCUCCUCUUCACGGUGCCCUUCCGUCUGCACUACUAUGUCAACAAGAAGUGGGUAUUCAAGAUGCCGUUGUGCAAAUUGGUGAGCGCAAUGGUGCACAUACACAUGUACCUGACCUUCUUGUUCUACCUGAUCACGCUGGUGAUCCGGUGGCUCAUCUUCUUUCAAUGGAAGGACAAGGUGGAGUUUUACAGGAAGCUGCAUGCCAUUGCGGCAAGCGCUGCUGUGUGGGUCCUUGUCAUGGUCUUCGUGGUGCCGGUUUUGUGCUUUGAGUACGGACGCUCAGCGUCAUACAACGAUACAACAUGCUUUAAGUUCCAGAAAGAACUACAGCAGGAGAGUGUGAAAGCCCUGAACUACACCAUAAUUGUAGCUGUCGCUUGCAUUAGUUGCAUCCUCUUGGGCCUGCAGAUUUUUGUCCUGGCAAAAGUGGCCAGAAAACUUUCCACCUCCUUCUGGUCACACCAAGAGUUCUGGGCCCAGGUGAAAAACUUGAUUUUCAUAUGCGUCAUCAUAAUUUGCUUCCUUCCCUACCACCUCUUCAGGGCCUACUAUAUACAGCAUGUGAGUGAUUUUGACCAGUUAGAAAGCUACAAUGAAGUUUUUCUGAGCCUGACUGCCCUCAGCUGUCUGGACUUGCUGUCGUUCGUGCUGAGCGGAAGCCGCCUCUUCAAGCAAAAGGUGGGCAUGCUCCGCAGCAGGUUUUCUUGCUGCUAG